ACCAACCAACCAACCAACCAACCACACGCACAAGCAAGCAAGCAAGCAAGUCGAUUCAGAUUUGCACACCAGCGGGCGACAAUGCGUGCCGGCAAACGCAAUGCCGCUGUUGCCAGCCUUGUCGUGGCAGCAACGACGGCGUUGAUGCUGCUCUUGGCCACAGCGCAGACAGCGCUUGCCCAGAACUGUGGACCAGAUGAGUUCUUUACCGGCCAGACGUGCCAGUCUGUCUCCCCGCCAUGCGCAGCAGAUGGCUGUGAUGUGGUUCGAGGUGAGGGCUAUCGUGGUACCCUCAACACUACUCUUUCUGGCAGAACAUGCCAGUCCUGGUCAUCCACAGAGCCACACUCGGCCACCAUCUCCUUCAACCCGAGCACAUACCCAGACGCAGGCCUCGGCGACCACAACUACUGCCGCAAUCCGGAUGGUGAGACACAGCCAUGGUGUUUCACCACAGAUCCGGAUGAGCAGUGGGAAGUGUGCGCGCUCUGCCUGCGCUAUGAGGUGGCCGCACCCACCCCAACAUCAGACAGAGAAUGCGCAACGGUGCCAGGCGUCAUCUUGCCUAUUACCACAACAAUGAGCUCGACGUCAACCACCACAACCACCACCACAACAACAACCACAGCCACAACAACCACAACAACCACCACAACCACAACAACAACCACAACCACCACAACCACAACAACAACAACCACAACAACCACAACCACAACGACAGAGCAGCCGUAUGUGGACGUGUUGGAAGGCGUGUCAUACUCCUUCCCCGGCACAGCAGGAUUGCGCGUGUCCAGCAACGUGCAGCUUGAUGCGGUCGGGGAUUCGUUCUCCAUCGCCACCGUCGUGCGCCAGUCACCGGGCACGAGCGGGUACAUCUUUGCAAAGGCCUCACUGCAGGACGGCCGAUACUUUGCCCUCCUCUCCUCUGGCGGUUCGCUCGUGCUCGUGUACCGCACACGCGGCUCCACCACCACCAGCAUCGCCCGUAUCGACUUUGACAUUGCAGACGGCGACCUGCACCCGCUGCUGGUCGUGGUGGACGGCACGACCCUCAGCAUCACCCUCGACGCAUCCUGGCCGGGCGCCACCACCCUCAGCACCGCGCUUGCAGGGCUGGUCGACGACUGCGGCCCCCUGACAGAGGACUGUGUGCUGCUCGUUGGGCAGCGCGAGACGGGCGGUGGGCUGUACACGGGCGAUGUGCUCGGGCUCUGGCUCUAUGACAACGUUGCCGUCACCACGUUCCCCCAGGCCUUGCUGGACGCGACGCAGAACGCAACCCUCGUCGCUGUCACACCUUCCACAACCACCACCACGCUUGCACCCACCACAACGACGACCACUACAACCACAACAACGACGACCACAACCACCACCACCACAACAACAACAACAACCACAACCACCACAGGAACUACCACGACCACAACGGCGGGCCCCUGUCCCACCGGCCAGUACCAGUCGUCGCCCGGUGUGUGCGAAGACGUGCGCGUGUGCACCUUUGAGUGCUUCGGCCCUUCCUGCCCCCAGUUCAGCGAGUGCCCGCAGAACUGCCACAGCUGCCGCAUCAACAGCAACCAGGCAUUCUGCACCCUCUGCAGCAACAGCCAGUACCUCUUCAACGGCGCGUGCUAUGCCAACUGCUCGUCGUUCGACCAGGCCUCACCACAGGGCCAGAACGAGCUGGGGCGCACGUGCGUGCUUGCACCCGACAGCACAGAGCAAGUGGAAACGCCCCCUGAACUGGAGUACGAGGUGGCCCCGCCCACCGCGACCACCGACCGCCGCUGCGCCGUGUCGGAGCCCUGCCCAACAGGCUCAUACCAGACUGUCCCGCCAACGGCCACCUCUGCCCGAGUGUGCGUGGACUGCCCGAGUGGGUUCAGCGACCACGACUCGAACCCGCUCACGGCCGACGCGUCCACCCCCUGCGUCGCGUGCGAUCCGGGUACCUUUGUGCCUGCAGGCAAGAGCGGCGCGUGCUCCGCCUACCAGUGCCAGGCCGGCACAUCCGACACAGACUCUGACCCGGCCACAGCGUGCGAGGCGUGUGGGUCCGGCACGUACACCCCCGCUGGCUCCAGUGGUGCCUGCAUGGACCACCUGUGCGCACCGGGCACCGCCGACACGGACCGCACAUCCGCAACGGCCUGCGCUGCGUGUGACGGCGACGCGUUCCAGCCGCUCCAGGGCCAAACCUUCUGUUUCCCCGUGAGCGACCCGUGCGACGCAGGCUUUGCGGAGACGCAGUCGCCAACACCAACCAGCGACCGCGGGUGCGAGGCGUGCACGGAGGGCACGUUCAAGGCAAAUGCGGGCCCUGGUGACUGCUCGCCUGUCUCCGAGUGCCCUGAAGGGACAGCAGAGGUGGCGCCACCAACGCCAACGAGCGACCGCCAGUGCUUGACCACCACCACCACCACGACAACCACAACCACCACGCAGCUCACGUGCUCGACGGGAUUCUACAUUGCCGCCGACUGCGCUUUGUUUGAUGAGCGCCCGGCUACUUGCUGGGCAUACGAGCACUGCGCCUACAACGAAGACACCGGUGCAUGCACGCUUUCAUCGUCGUCCUCACAGCAGCAGCGGCGUCGUAGGAGCCCUUCGACCACCACAACUACCACAACGACAACAACGACCACGACCACAACAACCACAACGACGACAGUUGGUGUAUUUACAACGACGCUGCCAAACACCACACCUUUGACAGGAGACAGCGGUGACGCCCCUUCAACCACCACCACGACCACAAGCACAACGACCACAACGACAACAACAACAACAACAACAACAACAACAACAACAACAACAACAACAACAACAACAAGCACGGGUGCAACGACGACCACAAGCACAACAACAACAACGACAACAAGCACGAGUACAAGCACGAGUACAACAACAACAACAACAACAAGCACCAGCACCACGACCUCAACCACUACUUCAACAACAAGCACCACCACGACCACGACAAGCACCACCACGACCACGACAAGCACCACGACAACGACGAGCAGCGUAGUUGUGGAUUCGUUUGUGUGUGCGCCCGUGACGCCGUGCACAGAGGAUGAGUUUGAGGUGGCGCCGGAGACGGCAACCAGCAACCGCGUGUGCGCAGCAGCCACGCCCCCAUGCGACUCUGCGACCCACUACGAAACAGCGCCGCUCACCGCCACCACGGACCGCGAGUGCACGCUGCUCACGGUGUGCAACCCGCUGUGGGAGUACCAGACGGUUGCGCCCACCCUCACCUCCAACCGCGCCUGCGCCAACCUCACCGUGUGCAACGCCACCCAAUAUGCGUCCGUGCUGCCAACGUACACCUCGAACCGCAUGUGUUCUGCCCUGCGCACGUGCGAGGUUGGCCAGUACAUCAGCGUGCGCGCAACACCAACCUCCGAUCGCUCCUGUGCAGACAUCGACGAGUGUGUUGCUGGCCAGUACGAGACGGCGCCGCCCACCAUGUUCUCAAACAGGGAGUGCACACCGUGCCAGGCCGGCACCUAUGACGACGAUGAGGAUCCCACCACUCCGUGCCUGGAUUGUCCAAAGGGAACCUUUCAGAACGAGGAGGGCCAGACGUCGUGCAUUGACGGCUCGUUCGUGUGUCCGCGCGGAACACGUGAGGUGCAGGCGCCAGAGGGUCCCAACCCGCGCGUGUGCGAGCCGUGCGAUGGCGUCACGGAAUACCAGGACCUUGCCGACCAGACGUUCUGCAAGGCCGUGACACCCUGUGCCCCUGGCACGUACGAGGUGGAGCCCGCCUCGUCCACGCAAAACACGCAGUGCGCGGCAUGCGACGGUGUCUCGGAGUACCAGGACGAGGAAGGCGCCAACAGCUGCAAGCCCAUCACGGGCAUGUGCGAGCCAGGCAUGUACGCCAUCAUCCCGCCCACGCCCUCGACCAACCGCGCGUGUGCGUCGUGUGAUGAAGGAGCAACCUUCACAUCCACCUCCAACGCACUGCAGUGCCAGCCGGUGAACGUGUGCCAGCCCGGCACGUUUGAGGCCGUUGCGCCCACACUCUCCUCCAACCGCGUGUGUGUUCCGUGCCAGCUCAACCUGACGUACUCGAGCACCACCAACGCCCCCGCCUGCCGCUCUGUUCGCCAGUUCUGCGGCGCCGACCAGUACGAGGUUGCCCCGCCCACACUCACCUCAAACAGGCUGUGUGAUGACCUGGUGCAGUGCGCGGCGGGCACGCACCGCGUGAGCGAGACAGAAUGCGCCGACUGCCUGCUGUGCGGUGAGGAGGAGUACGAGACGUCCCCCUGUACGCCAACAACAGACCGCACGUGCGACGUGUGCGACACGUGUGGGUUCAACCAGUACAUCAUCGCCACCUGCGGGGUCACGACCAACACGGACUGCGGCGACAUCUCGCCCCCGUGUGGCGACUACCAGUACGAGUCUGCUGCCCCGACAGCCACAUCGGACCGCAAGUGCUCAGCCAUCACCCAGUGCGACCCCCAGCAGCGGCAGGUGAUUGAACGCCCACCGACGGCCACGCGGGACGCAAAGUGCCGCACGUGCGAUGCAGGCACACACCCGAUUGGCAACCUGACGUGCGUGGCGUGCAGCGCAUGCAACACGGACCAGUACCUGAUUGCGGCGUGUGAUGUUGAGGACACCAUGUGUGGUGACUGUGACGAGUGCGCUGCUGGCCAGUAUGCCAAGGUGCCGUGCAACGCAACGAGCAACACCGUCUGCGAUGCGUGCGACACGUGCGCGUCUUCGCAGUUUGAGACGGUCGCGUGCACGACGACCACUAACAGGAAGUGCCAGGACCUGCGCGUGUGCGAAGACGACCAGUACGAGGCCGUGGCGCCCACAGCGACCAGCAACCGCGUGUGCCUGGACAUCACGCCGUGCCUUGCGUCAAACCGGCAAAUCACCGUCACCCCCGCCACCCCGUACAGCAACGCCGUGUGCAGGACGUGCGAGGCCGAGACGUACCCGUUCAACUCGUUUGCGUGCCUGACGUGUUUGACGUGCGGCGCAGACGAGUUUGAGACGUCGCCGUGUGACGCCACCAACCGCGUGUGCCAGACGUGCGCCUCGUGCGGUCCCCGCCAGUUCAUGGCAGCGGACUGCACCGCCACCAGCGACCGCAUGUGCGUGGAUGCGCGCGAGUGCAACACCACCACCCACUACGAGGCUGCCCGCCCGCUUGACGCCGACGUGGUGUGCGAGCCGCUCACCGCGUGCAACGCCAGCGCAUACGAGUGGAUUGCGCCAACGCCGACGAGCGACCGCGAGUGCGCGCUUGUCACCGUCUGCAGCGAUGACGAACUGGAGACGGCGGCACCAACACCAACGUCGGAUCGCGUGUGCGAGCGGCCCGCGUGCGCCGACGAUGAAUACGAGGUGUCGCGCGCAACGCCGGCAACCCUCGAGUGCGCACCGCUCACGGCGUGCAAUGCGAGCGAGUAUGAGCGCGUUGCGGCGACAGCGACCACGGACCGCGUGUGCGCUGCGCUGACGGUGUGCGAGGACAAUGAGAUGGUCAUCACAAACGCAACGGCAACGUCGGACCGGGUGUGCGCGGGUGGGCCCGUGUCGGCUGCCAGUGACACGCUGGCUGGUGGAUCGCUGGCUGGUGUUGUGGUCGGGUGCAUUGCGUUCUUCAUCCUGCUGGUGCUGGUGCUGCUGGCACUUGCAUCGGGCAAGAGCCGCGUGCACAAGUACAAGGUGGAGACGAGCUUGCCUGCUGAGCUGGAACGCGACAACGACUUUUGGAAGCGGGAGGAGUUUUCUGUUGAGGUGGCGCCGCCUAUCAAGCAGAUACCACGCGGAACACACCGCCACCGCCAGCAGCAGCAGCAGCAGCAGCAGCAACAGCCGUACGUGCGGUCAAGGCACAACAACUACAUGGACUUGGAUGCACCAAGCGCCAUCACACCUGCGAUGAGCAUGAUUGGCGACGCAGAGAGCCACGUGUCUGGUCCCGCACACUACGAUGUCAACCACCACCACACCCAAUACCAGCAGCAGCAGCAGCGUGGCAUCGGUGCAGGUGCCGGCGGCUCUGAUGGGGAUGGGUCCGGCGGCAUGUCGCCAGCGUCGGGUCGUGGCGGGAGCUCGAUGCUGAGCCAGCAGGGGAGCGAGUUGACGCUGCCUGCAGAACCAGAUGUGCUGUUGGUGAACAGACGGUCGCUUGACGGGCGGCAGUGGCUCUCACCGCGCGGGCUGACGGCGCAGCAGAUGGCAGCACACCAGUACAACCAGCAGCAGCAACUGCUCAGACAGCAGCAGCAGCAACAACAACAACAACAACAGAUGAUGAUGAUGUCGCCACUGCAGUCCGCUGGCCCGUCGUCGAGCGAGAUGCCACCACGCAUAGCCACGACACAGGGGACGCCAUCGGGGCAGGUGCCGCUGUACGGCACGCUGUCGUCGCUGCCACAGCCCGCAGACAAGCCUGGACCGCAGCUUGAGUACAGGCGCAUGUCUGAGCUGUUCUACCCGAACGGGUCCGAUGAGGGGCCCAGCAUGCAGAUGCGCGCAAUGCCUGCAAGCAUUCCUGAGGUGAACGAGCAAGCCGGCGGUGACGGGGACAACGAGAGCGACAACGCGCGCACCGACCCGCCAUCGUUCUCUGCGACGCCGCUGCUGCCGCACCUGUUGGAGGUGGAGGAGGACACGAGCUUGUAGAGAGUAAAGGGGGCGGGGGCGGUGUUGUUGUUGUUGGAGGGAGCAGAGUGAAGUGAGGAGGAGGCUGACGGUGUUGGAAGAGGGGGCGUGUGUGAAUGUGUGUUGCGUGUGUGAAUGUGUGUUGUAUGAGUGUGUGGUUGCAGCUGAAACAGUGAGCGUUCUGUAGCUGUUGUUUUACACAUUGUGAUGACACCUGUCUUUGUGUUGCCUUCCUUCUUCAGGUCAAAGCAUGUUCUGUUCUUCAAACUCUUCUUUGUUCAGCACCAAUGAACACGUGUUACACAGUCA